CUUUAUUAGUUAUGACUCUUGUUAGUUGUAUCUAAUGUUCACUUUAUUUUAAACUCUCUUUUGUUGAAAUCUCGAUUUUCGAGAAUUUAUUAUAUUUGCGUGUUGAACUGUAUAAAGUACUUUUAAGAAAGAAUGUUACAAUAAUGAAAGGAUGAGUGGGGCCAGAGCUGGGGGUGGGAUUACUCCAGUACCCCUCCAGGAGCUGCAGGACGGAGAAACCUCCGACUGUUCUGGCGAUGACUUGGAGAAGGAUUUUCAACAUCAGCCCGUGUGUGAGAUUAUAGAAGGAGAAGGUUUUAUCAGUUUCCCCACCGACCUGGAGCUUAAAGAUGAGAAGCUAACCAAACCCAAUCUCAAGAAUCGUGAUUUUAUGGUAAAACUUGAAUGUGGGUUGGAUACUAAACCUGACUUGUUGGAACCAAUUGAUCCAGAUGACCAGAUUGAAUCAGAUUUAUCAGAUUCGUCAGAUUCGGACGGAGACACAGACCCUGUUAAUCAACCGAAGAGACGAAGGAUAGUUCACACUGAAGUUACACCAUCUUUUUUCCAUCAGGAACAUUUUCUUCAAUACCAGGACGGAGCAGGACGGUUCGAGGACGUUACAGGUGUCCGUGCAGGACGGUUCGAGGACGGCGUUGUGUUUGAGACUAGUAUUCCCGGAGUGUCCUGUGUCGAAGGUCGUCCUCGAACCUAUUUCUGCACACACUCCCAGUGCACCUACUCAUCAAACCAUUCCGGGCACGUGAAACGGCACGUGAUGUCCGUCCAUGAUAAAGUAAGAUUUCCCUGUCCUCAUUGUGAUCAUCAGUCGACAACCAUCUAUCAUUUAAAGAGACACAUACAGUGCCGUCACGAGGGCAAUAUUGAGCAGAUAAGCUGUGAACUCUGUAACUAUAGUUGCAGGAAACGAGAAAAUUUGAAGAAACAUUUUGAAAAAGUUCACGGUCGCUUGCUGAAGCCGCUGAACAAAGCAGAGUUGAAACUCUGUGAUAAAUGUGAUUACAUGACGACGGAUUCUGCGGAUUUGAAAGUGCACAAAAAGAGUGAGCAUCCUAAGGAAGCGAAGGACCCCACGACUAAAGGUGGUGUGUUUAUUAAAGAUACAGAGAGUACAAUAACUAUCAGUGAGGACGACGGAAGAUAUUACUGCGACAUGUGCGACUACAGUUCGGCUCUAAGAGGCUCCGUCAGUCGACAUAUCCGCAGCGUUCAUCAAGGUUUACGUUUUCCUUGUGAUCAGUGUGAAUAUCAGGCGACAAGAAGUCACCAUCUGAAGAGGCACAAAGAGAGAUUGCAUUUGAUUAAAGUCACAUAACCCAGUUCAGUUAUUUAUUUACAAUUGUAUAUUAUUGACUCAUUUAGUUAUUUAAUUUGAUUAUUAAUUUUAAAGUGAAUGUCGGCAAUUAGUUAAAUGCAAUGAAAGUAAAUUCGGAUCUUUCUAAUAUUUCUUUAACUUGUUUUAAAAUUCUCAGAAACUCCCUUUUAAAGGAAUGGCGGCGUAAUUUGAUUUGACUCCAUUCAUAAUGUGUCAUGUCCGAUUUACAUCAGUACCUUUUAAAGAACCAUUGUCUGAUACAGAAUGAAUAAGAUAUCUAUGUUUUUUGCUGAAAAUUAAAAAAUUUAACUAUGGUUCUUAAUAAAAGUGACGAGCGGAUUUAUGCUGCAAAGACAAUGAAGAAAAUGUACAGAAUUAUCUCUUUAUUGGUCGAUUUAGAUCUUUUAUGGUUACUCAGAUUAAGGAAUUUAAAGAGUUCAGUCGUGAAUAAAGCAUAUUAAAGAUAUAUUAGAUUUAAUUAGAAAGUUUAUUUUCUAGCUUUUAAGUCCUAAGUCUCUAGUUUGUUGAUCCCACUUGUGGUUUAAAAUUAUGUAAUUUUUAAAUUUAUUUAAUUUAGUUUUUUAGUUGUUUUUAUUGUGUCAGAAGAUUCACUGUGUGAACUUAAAUAAAUUUUGUAUUGUUAACGUUAUUGUAUCUGUUCGCUUUUAUUCUUCUAAAUUCUCUUAUUAUAAGUCGGAAUUUAAUACUGAAGUAAGUAUCUAUAUAUAUAUAUAUUUAAAGUAGUGUUGUGUGUUUGUAUGUCCGAUCAUAACACAGGAACCCCUUGACCGAUUUGCCUCAAAUUUAGAUUGGGGAACUCGUGAGAACCACAGUAAUGUUUUUAGUUCUGUGAUUCUAAUUUAAUUGGGUCGUUUUUAAAUAGAAAAAUCGCUAAAAUCGUAAUUUAAGACCAAGCGCGGGUAAACAGUUGGAUUCUUGUCAAUUUUAGUAAAUUUACUCAAAUUAUUUUCUUAUGGAAAUUCUUUCGUCUUAAUUUUAGGAGUGAAAAUAAAGUUUUGAUUUUAAA